UAAGUUUUAUCACUGUGUUGCAGUACCCGUUGUGUCCAGUGGCGUCACUGUGGAUGCGUGGGAAGUGUGAGCUGCACUAUGUUGGUCCUCCACCGUCCCAUAAUCCAUCUGUGCUAUCCACGUCCCCUGACUGAUGAUCAUCAGUCCGGCUGUGAUGGCCGCGGUUGAGCUGGCACUUUAUCCGCGUGAAAAACACAACGACCCAAAACAAACCCGUACCAGAAACCUGCCUGACCACAUGUGGAUAUAACCCGGCGACCAGGUCUUCGUAAUUGCCGUGGAUUUAACCCGUAUAAACCGGCGUUUUGUCUUCGUUUAUGUCAUGAAGUUUUGAACCAGGCAGCUGGAAUCCGGAUCUGCUGCUUUUAUUAAUGAUUAUUAACAGUUACUUAUAUUAAACAAACCAACAUAAGACGAUAAUAAUUAUUAACGUUGUAGUUACAUGAAACCCUCGUUCGCAACUGUGAGCAACUGUGCUGUAAAAGGCCCGGGUCGGUGAUUUAGGGUUAGAUCAGGUUCGGCUCGUCAUGUCAUCCUGGCUGGGAGGGUUGGGCUCUGGCCUGGGUCAGAGUCUGGGUCAGGUCGGGGGAAGCUUGUCUUCGUUUACCGGACAGAUCUCUAAUUUUACCAAAGAUAUUCUUCUGGAAAGCGCAGAAGAAGUGGGAGAUGCUGCUGGGUCUGAGCUACAGGUGUCCAGCUCUAGAUUUCAAGAACUGGAGACUUCAUAUGUAACUCAAAAAUCUGAGUAUGAGCGCUUGCGGAGACUCAACUCUGAGCUGGAAGAGAAGCUAGAGGCAGCAGAGAUUCAGAUCAAACAGCAGUCAUUGGAAAACAGAACCCUCCUGCAACAAAAAGAGGUGGAGAUCAGUCACCUCAAGGCUCGUCAGAUUUGUCUGCAGGAGGAGUUUCAGAAACUCCAACACUCUUCUCAAGUUGCGACCAGCUCAUCCUUCACCGAUGCCGCUGUGCUUCCCGUCACUACUGCUGCCACUACCACUACUUCGUCUUCCUUUCUGCACCGGUCCUCAGCUGUCCAUCAAGGCUUCCAUGGCGAUGAGGUCGACCUCAGUGAUGUCCUGUGGUCUCAGCAGGAAAUUAACCGUCUUUCCAAUGAGGUGCAUCGUCUAGAGACUGAUGUGGCCCAUUGGAGGAGAGUUGCACAGGCAUCAAAGCUGCCAGGAGUUGAGGGGAAUGGAGACCAGGGUGAAGUUCUAAAAAUGCAAAGAAUGAUCAAGGAGCUGAGAGACGAAAUGGCACGGGAGGUGGAUGAGCACCAGCAUGAACUGGCAGCUUUGCAGGAUGCCCAGAGGCAGAAAAUGGCUGAAAUCUCAAAACGGCACAGGCAGGAGCUGGCAGAGUAUGAGGAGAGAAUCGAGGAGCUCGAAGAGCAGCUUCAGAGUGAGGGUGGAAGUGUUGUCAAAUCAACCACAGUGCAGGAUUCCGCCACACUUCAAGAGCUUCAAUCGACCAUUCAGUCUUUACAGGAUGAGGCAGAGCUUCAGCACAAACAGUACAGAGACCUAAUGGUCAGAUUGGAGGAGGCAGAGCAUCAUAAAGCCCAGAUGAAGCAGGAGAAGGAGGAGGCUACCGCAGAAAAUACAGAAUUGUUGCAAAAUUACAGUCGCCUUCAGAAGUCUGUAAAUGAACUCCAGGAUCGAGUCCAGGAGCAGGAAGGGAAGUCUAUGCUGAAAGCCCAGCAAGACAAUGAAAUUCAAACCCUGAAAAAAGCUCUGGCAGAUGCAGAGAAAGAGAUGGCUAGAUUGAAGAGUCUUACUGAGAGCGGUCCUAUGGAAGAAGUUGAACAUGCUGACAUUCUGGAGCUCAACACCAUCAUUGAUACCCUCAGGACAGAGAAGGAAGAGAUGGAGAGAGAAAAGCUUGCGUUAGUUGAGAGACUGAACCUGGCCGAGGAGAGACACAGGACUGAAGAGUCAAAGAGUGCUGUGGAACUGUCUCAGGAAGUUUCAGACCUAAAGAGUCAGCUAGACAGACGGGACCAAGCACUAAAGCAAGCCCAUCUUGAUAUAGAGACACUCAGUGCUGAACUGGAAGAACUGGACAAGCAGAACCAGGAGGCCACACAGCAUCUUAUUGCAGUGAAGGACCAGCUGUCAAAGCAGAAAACACAGGCUGAGGCAGAAGAAGCCCGUCUUCAGUCAGAUCUCAGCUCCUCUCAUAACCAGAGACGGACUCUUCAACUGGAGCUGGAAGCCCAAGGCGAGAAGCUAAGUCAAAGUGCCUUUUCCUUGAAUGAGCUGCACAUGACAAAGCAGCAACUGGAAACCACAUUAAAGGAAUUGAGGGAAAAGUUGUGCAAGUCACAGGAUCUGGGCAGAGAACUGCGGCAGGAGUCAUCCGACCUCAAGAGGGCACUUCAGGAGCGAGAGACAGAACUUAUUGCACUUCGUGAGGAGUUAAGUCAUUCUGGGGAUCAAGGGAAUGAGUUCGAGGGACAUCGGAAGGAACUUGAGGCAAGGGAUAAAGAGAUUCAGGACUUAAGAACAGAGCUAGCAGAAAUGAAGACUUCCUUCGAAAAGUCUGCUUCAGAAGACUUUGAAUUGAAAAUUGAAAAUAGCAAGUUGAAAGAAGAGAACACUCAGGCUUUGGACAAGAUAGACUGUUUGGAAAGGCAGAUCCAAGAUGGUCAAGCCUCUCUAAGCAGGAUGUCCCUGGAGAAAGAUACCCGCAUUGAAGCCUUGAAACUCGAGAAAAGCCAGUUAGAGUCUGAGCUGAGUCAAUCUGAGAAGCGACUAUCAGAUCAAGCCAAACAGUAUCAACAAACCAUCGAUGAAUUGACCAGAGCACGCUCUAUGGAUGCUUCUGCACUGCAGACCGAACAUGAGCGAAUGGUGAAACUGAAUCAAGAGAAAGAUCUCACGAUUGCAGAGCUCAGGCGUGAGAUAGAACAGAUGGUUUCCGACCACAAAGACACCAGCGAAAUGUUGGACAUCACUGUGGCAGGUCAAAAUCAACUCUCAGAGCUUCUGCAGGAGAAGGACUCCUUUGCCGAAACCCUGAAAGCUCAAGCUGUGGAAAUGCAAAAGGAAUUAGAGGGCAGUGUCUUGAGAGUAACUCUUGAGCUUGACUCUCUGAGAAGGUUAGUGGAGGAGAAGGACAAACAGCUUGGAGCCAUGAAGGAAGAAAACAGCCAUCUGAAAGAAGAGAUUGACCGCGUGAGGGACCAGCAAAGCAGACCGCAGUUAUUUUCAGAGCCUCGGACACUGGACAUCAUCACAGAGCUUGAGGCAGAGGUGACCCAGCUCAAAGCUGCCAGAGAUCAGCUCGAAGAAGAGGUCCAAGCCCUGAGGACAGUAUCGGAUGAGCGGCAGGCCACAAUGCUGCAGUCCCAGCGUUCUCUACAGGUGCUACAGAGUGAAAUGGAGCAAGCACGGUCAAGACAUGAACAAAGCUCUCUCAAUUACGAAAGACUCAUCAGUGCUAAGGAUGAGGAGAUUGUACUGCUUCAGUCAGAGGUGGAGGGCCUAAGCACACGAGGACAGAGUCAAAUGCAGUACGUAGAAAUCCUACAGGAGGACAAGACCCCGUCAUUGAAUGGUGAAAAUGGUAACGAGAAACACGACCUUUCAAAAGUAGAGAUUGAGAAACUAGUGAAAGGGAUCAGAGAGAAAGAGACUGAGAUUAACCAGCUAAAUGAGAAAAACCUCUCUCUAACCAAGCAGCUUGACCAACUUGUGGUCGCUCAAAAUGAGUUGGGAAAACUGUCACAAUUGGUCCUUCAAAAAGAUCUAGAAAUCCAGGCUCUGCACGCUCGAGUGUCUGGUGGCCAUGGUCAAGAUGUGGUGUUCCUGCAGCAGCAACUGCAAGCAUAUGCGGUGGAACGUGAACAGGUGAUGGCUGUGUUCAACGAGAAAACCAGGGAGAACAGUCAACUGCGCUCAGAUUACCAUCGAAUUAUGGACAUCGUUGCAGCCAAGGAAGCAGCCUUGUUGAAGCUCCAGCAAGAAAACCAGCGGCUCUCCACCAUGAGCGACCCUUCAGGCAGUCAAGAGAUGUUUCGAGAGACCAUUCAGAACCUCUCCCGCAUCAUCCGUGAGAAGGAUAUCGAGAUUGACGCCUUGACUCAAAAAUGUCAGACCCUGGUCUCUGUCCUUCAGACAACUGGCGUCAGUGAUUCCAUGAGCGGUGGCUCAGGAGGCGUGAGCAGCAACCAGUUUGAGGAGCUCCUACAAGAACGUGACACCCUCAAACAACAAGUGAAGAAGAUGGAAGAGUGGAAACAGCAGGUGAUCACAACGGUGAGGAACAUGCAGCAUGAAUCUGCUCAGUUGCAAGAGGAGCUCCUCAAGCUUCAGGGGCAGGUUUCUGCCGACAGCGACUGCAGCUCAAAGCUAUCGGUGGAUUACACCAGACUUAUUCAGAGCUAUGAGCAGAAAGAGAAAAGGCUGGGAUUGUUGAAUCAAGAGCUGGCACAGGUGCAGCAGACCAUCAGCCAGCUGAGCAGCACCAAAGACGUGCUGCUUGGGAAACUAGGCAGUGUCAAGCAAUCUCCAGACGUUUCUGCUAUGAUUGCAACCCAGGCUUUUGCUCCUCCAAACCUGAAGGAGGCAGCACUACCAGGCCAAGAUGAGAUUGUACAUCAAGAGUUGCAGUCAAUGCAGAGAACAUUAGCAGAGAAGGAGAGCAUGAUAAGAACUCUGCAGGAAAACAAUCAUCGCUUGUCAAAUUCUGCAUCUCUGUCUGAAAGUGAGCAGAGAAGCCAUGCAGAGGAGCUCAAGCAUGCCAGAGAGAAGCAAGAAUCGCUUCACCGCUCCCUCAGAGAGAAAGAUCUACUCAUUAAGACCAAGGGAGACCAGCUCAGUCAGGUGAGUGAAAAUUUACGUAACCGUGAGAAUGACAACGAGGUCUUGAAGCAGGCUGUGACGAACCUCAAAGAGCGUGCACUGAUCCUGGAACUCGAUGUGAAGAAAUUAAAGGAGGAGAAUGAAGCGAUAGCAGCAAAAGCACGCGAGAAAGAGACAGAGUUCCGUGCCCUGCAGGAGACCAACAUGCAGGUGUCACUGUUGCUUCGGGAGCGAGAGUUUCAGUUCAGUGCUGUGAAUGAAAAGGCCACUGCCAUGGAAAAGAUGCUAAAAGAUAAAGAGCAGGGUAAAUCUGGUGAGCUGAACCAACUGUUGAAUGAAAUUCGGUCCAUGCAGGACAAGGCAGUAUUGUUUCAGCAGGAAAGAGAUCAAGUGAUGAUGGCCCUCAAACAGAAACAAAUGGAGACGUCUGCUCUGCAGAGUGAGCUGCAACAUAUGCGUGAUAAGGAGCAGCGCCUGAAGCAGGAGGUGGAACGUUUGCGCAAUCACCUGUUAGAGAUUGAGGAUUCGUACACACGUGAGGCUUUGGGAGCUGAAGACAGAGAGGGAGAGCUGAAACGCAGAGUGACACUUCUAGAAGAGCGGCUGGCAUCUUCCUCUAACGCCGUGGAGAGCGCAAGUCAGCAGGCAAGCCUGCAGGUGGAGUCUCUUCAGGAGCAGUUAAAUGGUGCUAUCAGACAAAGAGAUGAAGCGCUAAUUCAGCUCCGUUCCGCUCAGGAUCAGGUCAACCAGUAUGCAGUGUCACUUUCUAACCUGCAGAUGGUGCUAGAACAGUUUCAACAAGAAGAAAAAGCCAUGUACUCAGCAGAACUGGAAAAAUACAAGAGAGAGAAAGAAGAAUGGAGAAAUAAAGCUGAAACUCUUGGCGAUCAGGCUGCCGCUCUGCAAAUAAACCUGGAUGAAGCGAACGCAGCUCUCGAAUCUGCCUCUCGACUCACUGAUCAGCUGGACCUCAAAGAGGAACAGAUAGAAGAUCUAAAGAAACAAGUGGAGGUGAGACAGGAUAUGUUGGAAGAGGCUCAGAGGAAACUGAUGAACCUCCUGAACACCACCGAAGGCAAAGUGGAUAAGGUUCUGAUGAGGAAUCUUUACAUGGGCUAUUUUCAUACCCCCCGAAACAAGCGCUCUGAGGUGCUGAGGCUUAUGGGUAAUGUGCUUGGGUUGGACCGAGAUGAGGUGUGCGAGUUGUUACAAGAAGAGGGCAAGAGUGGGAUGACCGGAUGGGUCUCGAGUUGGCUGGGAGGCAGAGCCGUUCAGAGUGUACCCAACACCCCCCAAAGACCUACACAGGCUCAAAACCUUAACUCGUCCUUCUCUGAGAUGUUCGUGAAGUUCCUGGAAGUAGAGUCUACUCCUGCACUCCCUGCUCCUAAACUGCCCGUUUAUGACAUCAAGCCCCUGAGUGCGCCCCCACCUGGCCGGGGUACUACUAACACACCUGCAUCAGGUGUGUCAGGCUCAGGUAAGCGCACUGGGGAUUCAAACCCUUUCCUGGCGCCACGCUCUGCUGCCGUACCCCUUCUCAAUACCGCAGGUACAGGUAGCACUGCAGGAGCUGGGGGACACCUGCUCAUGAAGCCCAUCUCAAACGCCCUGCCAACGUUCACACCUGUACCUGUGUCAGCUGAGUCCAGUGGUGGAGCCGUGCUGAAAGAUUUACUCAAGCAGUGAUUGUCCACCUGUACUGCCACUCAGCUUAGCACUUUAGCUUAUCAGGACACUACGUUCCAGCAGACGGAACAGAAACUGGGCCAUGUCACGGAUUCAAAUAUUUACUAAAAUGGCUGAUUGCCAUUAGAAUGAAAAAGAUAAAGCUACUAAGGGCGGCCCGUGCUUGUUAAAUUUGACUAAACGGAGUCCUAAGUUUGACAGAAUCAGAUUCAGUUUGCAAACUGAGGAAGAUUACAUUAUCGAAUAUUCUUGUGACAUUCUCCCACCAUUUAUUUAAUGUCGUGCAAACAUUCAGUCUCAUUUUUAGACAAAAAAGAGGUGUUUAAUGUUUUUCUAGUGUGUCGAGAGACUGUCUGAUGCUGUCUGGCAUCCACUACACGAAUGGAUUUAUUAAACCGUUUCCACUUCUGCAAAAACGCUACCUACUCUUUCAAAAUCCUCCCAUUUUGAGUGCUAUAAAUGGUUGGCAGGUACAAUAACAGUUAAUCAAGAAGUGACAUUUGAUCUUGGAUUUAGACUGCUGCACAUGCUCCCAUGCAGUUAUGUUAUUUAUUUAUUUACAUCGAUCAUCAUCAUAUUGUUCACUGCUUAUGCAGUGGGGAUAAGCUAAAUGUAUCUGUAAUAUUCAGAUUUCUUUCUAAGGUAGAAAGAUAGAUUAUGUAUAUACAAUUUGGAAAAACAAUAUUGCACACAUAAUUGAAGUAUAAGAAGGAAUGAGAGGAUUAAAGUGUAAAAAAUGACCUGUAUAUUUUAUAAUUGGUGUUAAUAGAUUAAAACGGCGGACCCCUAAUUCAAUGGGUUCAAACCAAAUAUUUCUUUGAGGCCUAAAAUAAAGUGGAUUUUUUUUUAAUAGAGAAAAUGGCCUUAGUAAAACUCUUUUUGGUUACUAUAUCUUUCAUAACAGUUAGGUGCACUUGAUUAUAUAGAUUUAGGAUACAUUUAUACAUUUUGCGCUGGUGUUUAUUUAAAGUUGAUCAAUCUUUUUGAAGUUUUGAAAGAUGGCUCUUGAAAGUGAUAUUCAACAGUGUUUCUCUUUUCUGCAGAAUAAACUCUUCUCUACAUAUAUUAGCA